AUGAAAUGGGUCGUCGAAUCGUCUCCAGUGGCUGUCACCCGACGAAGCAGAAAAAUAGUGACUUUGUGGCUCUCCAAUGGGUGUCACCCGAUGGAGAGGAGCUGGAUGGAGGUGGGGUGCGUGUCAGGGAGCUUCAUCCUCAGGUCCACGCAGCAAGAGGAGGCUCUUCAUCGCAUUUGGUACACUCUCAGAAGGUGGCGACUCGUCUCCCGGCGGAUCGUCCUCUUUUCGACGAUGGCUUGUUCGUCAAUCAAUCAGAGAUGCUUUACUCGAUGGAUUCAUGAUCUUUUUAUCGUGAAUCAUUCAGAAAUUUUAGUAACAAUGCUCCGCGAAUCACGUUGCUGAAAUUUUUGCUGAUGAUCCAGCGAUUCUAAUUGUUUAAUCCUUCACCGACGAUCUGUAGGAAAGUCACGAUAAUCAGAUAGAAAAUAUGAGUUUUGGCUCUAGGAGGAUUCAAACCCGCACUGGUUGCCCGCCCUUCUGGGCAAGGUAUGGCGAGUUUAGUCCCACAUCGCUUGUGCGCCAAAUUUUCUGGUGAAUCUAUAGUAAUAUUACAUUUGCAAUCAAGUCCCUUUCUCACACGUGUACGACCACUCCUUGUCCCAUAGCCGGUUGGCCACUAGUGAUGUGGAAGGGGAGUGGUGCACACGUGCCCCUAUCGGUCCUAGCCACUCGAGCCCCUGCUCACGGCUCCUCCCUGACUGUGCUUCCGACUUGCUUGCGAGCUCGGCUGGUCGACGAGUCCCCCCCAUUUUGCUUUAUUUUUAUUUUUAUUUAUUUUUCUUCAUUUAUCUCAAAAGUAAGUGAUGUGACUCAAUCAUUGUAUAGUAAAUCACGCAAAUUUAAAAUUUAUAAAACUAGAAAAUAUGAUUUUUCAGAUAUUUAGAAGUAUUUCUGAACAAAUAUAUCAAUUAAAAUUCAAUAAAACUUCCAAAAAUAGCGGUAAUUUUCCAGGUCGAUCAUAGGGAUGUAAUAUAAUAUCUGGUAAUUAUUCAGAAUUUUUCUCAAUGAAUACGAUUUUCUAUGAAUUUUAUACUAGGAAAUGAAAAGAAAAUAUAUUUAAAAUUUACGAAAAAAGGAAAUAAGGGUGCGGGGCGUCAGGAUGACGUCAGCACCCGGCAAAAGCAAAUUGGGCGAAAACAAAGUUCUGCCCGGCGAUUCUUACGUAAGCGAUUACAGACGAUUUAAUUGAUCAAAUUAAGAUCUGUAAAAGGCAAAAGAAUCGUAAUGAAAUGAAGUAUAUGUUGGUAAAUUUAAAAUCAACAAAUUAUCACUAAAUGAAAUGAAAAUUAAGUUGAAAGUAGAAAAGUAGAGUUCCGGCGUCGCGGCGGCGAUGUGUCGGCGAUGCACUGGAAUUCUGAGUAUUCAGGAGGAUCGUCGUGUAGUGUCCACGGCCUCGAAGGCUCUCCUUGAACAAGGACGACGUGGGCAAUCUCUAGAUCUUCUUGCGAAGUCUAGAGAUUAAUGAAAUGGGUCAUCGAAUCGUCUCCAGCGGCUGUCACCCGGCGGAGCGGAAAAACGGCGACUUUGCGGCUCUUUGGCGGCUGUCACCCGACGGAGAGGAGCUAGAUGGAGGUGGGGCGCAUGUCAGGGAGCUUCAUCCUCAGGUCCGCGUAGCAAGAGGAGGCUCUUCAUCGCAUUUGGUACGCUCUCAGGAGGUGGCGACUCGUCUCCCGGCAGAUCGUCCUCUUCUUGAUGACGGCUUGUUCGUCGAUCAAUCGGAGAUGCUUUACUCGAUGGAUUCGCGAUCCUUUUAUCGCGAAUCAUUCAGCAAUUUUAGUAGCAAUGCUCUGCGAAUCGUGUUGACGAGAUUUUCGUCGAUGAUUUAGCUUAAUCCUUCACCGGCGAUCUACAGGAAAGUUGCGAUAAUCAGAUAAAAAAGUAUGAGUUUUGGCUCUAGGAGGAUUCGAACCUGUGCCGGUUGCCCGCCCUUUCUGAGGAAGGUGUGAAACGGGUUUAGUUUCACAUCAGUUGUGCGUCGAGUUUUUAGGUGAAUAUAUAGUAAUGUUAGAUUUCUAAGCAAAGUUCCUUCUCUCGCGUGUACGACCGCUCCUUGUCCCACAGCCGGCUGACCACCGGUGACGUGGAAGGGGAGUGGCGCACACGUGCCCCCAUCGGUUCAAGCUGCUCAAGCCCUUGCUCGUGGCUACUCCCCGACUGCGCUUCCGACCUGCUUGCGGGCCCGGCGGGUCCCCCCAUUUUGUCUUUUUUUUUUUAAUUUCUUUUCCUUCAUUUAUCUCAAAAGUAAGACUGUAAAAAUCGUAUAAAAUCACAUAAUUACCCAAAAAUUCACAUUAAUCAACUAAAAACUAAUUUUCACACUUUAACACAAAUAUAAUUAUAUUUAUCACGAGUUAAGGCUAAAACUAUAUUAUUUACUAAUUAUUAACUCAUGAUAAUGAAGACUUAUCAAUAAGACUAUAAGAUCAUAUAAAUUCAUAUAAAAUCACAUAAUUACUCAAAAAUUCACGUUAAUCAACUCAAAACCACUUUUCACACUUUAACACAAAUAUAAGUCUAUUUAUCAUGAGUUAAGGCUAAAACUAUAUUAUUUACUAAUUAUUAACUCAUAAUAAUGAAGACUUAUCACUUACCUUCUACUCAAAAUACCUACAUUGAAGAAAAGAUUCAGUGAUGAAAUUGACUAGGGGAAAAAAAAGGAGGCAAGAAAAGCUCCAACAAUUUACAAGUCUUCACAAACUUGGAUUGGUCAGUCUAGCUCAAUCGUAAAAAGAAGUACACUGAAAUGAGAAACAAGGGAACAAUGAGACAUGUAUACUUCAUAAUUAAUAUUAAUUAAAAAGAGAGAGAGAAAAGGAAAAAAGAGAGGAAACUUAGGGAGCUACAGUGUCAAUUACUAUUGAGGGAACUAGUGAUAGAUAAAAAUUGGUGGCAUGGUCUCCAUCAAGAGAAACAUCCCAUUUUCUCACCACUCUACUUCCCUAUAUAUAGUAUACUAUGGUGCCUCUUUCUUAAUCAUAAUGCAGGCCACAAGAUGAAAAGAACAAACAACAGCCAUAUUAGAAAAGAGAAAUCAAAAGGAGAAGGAACGCAAACAAGAUUCUUUGAUGAAGAGGCCAAGUCUUGGAACAAAAGAGGACAAGGACUGGAAAUAGGGAAAAAAAGGAACCCACAAAUGGAAAAGAAUUUCCAAAGUGCCUAGAAAAAUAACGACCGAUUCAACGACCACAAAUCCGCCACCAGUUCAAAGGAAACACUGCAGUAAAAAACAAGUGAAUAUUAGCUGAAGAUGAUAUCCAAAGAAAACAACAAGCCCAAUAGUAGGAAUGAAGGCCCAAAAAUAGGCCACAUUACCAUAAUCGCUCAAUCAUGAGAGGAAAGAAUAUACAGCCCAAGCAACCAACACAUCUCCAUUGGGUGGCACAUGUGUAAAUCGAGGGUAAGAAUUAUAGCACAUGAAAUUCUAUUCCCCAAUCUCAUAGGAUCCAACUUGCGACAGAUUGAUAACAAGAUCCAAAAUGAUGUACUAAUUACGGAUCAAUAAUGAAUGAAUCUUUUACUUAAAAAAAGAAUUAUCAUAUCAUCAACAUAAACUAAUAAAAUAGAAAUUGUAUUUCUAAAGUGUUUAAAGAAAAGAGUAUGAUCAUCAUUACUUUGGCAAUAAUUCAUCUCACGCAUAGUGGUUGAGAUCUUGCCAAACCAUGCCCUCAGAGAUUAUUUAAGUCCAUAUAAAGACUUCUUUAGUUUACACACCAUACGUUGAUUUUUCUCUUCCCUAAAACCUAGAGGCAUAUUGACGUGACUCAGUCGUUGUAUAUUAAAUCACGCAAAAAUAAAAUUUAUAAAACUAGAAAAUACGAAUUUUCAGAUAUUUAGAAGUAUUUCUGAAUAAAUAUAUUGAUUAUAAUUCAAUAAAACUUCCAAAAAUAGCGGUAGUGGAUUAAGAUUGUGGUACAAACAUGCUUUUGUAUAGCUAUUUGACAAGAAAGUUUGUUGUUAUUUUUCUGAUUCUAUGAAUAAUGCUCAACAUCAAAGAGAUUUUCUUGAAUAGAGAGAACUAGUGAAGUUACAUGUUUUUGUAGUCCAAUAUUCUGUAAAAUAUUAGGGGUGUGAUUCUCUAUUGCAAGUUGACUAUGGACUUCAUGGGUGAUGUUGAAAAGAAAUUUUGCCACCAAGCCUUGUCUCCCAUGUAUGUCAAUCUGAUAAUGCUUUACUUGACUUGCCACUGCUUGGUCCCCCCUUGUAUGGCUGUGUCUAUCCAGCCCCUUUCACCUACGUGCCAUGCCAUUGGUGUGCCUACCAAUGUACUCAGGCAUACCAGUCUUUACCCCUUUUCACCGGCCAGUGGCCUAGUGUGUCCCACACAGAUAUACACAAGCUCAACAAAGUCAGAAACAUGUGGUGCCCUCUCCUUCUAGCAAGAACUCUCCCACACAGCCUCCACUUCGUGUACAUGGAGGACUUGGAGGCCAUCCUGUACAGAAACUGCAACUGCUAGAACAGCUUUCGCUCUAAAUUUCUGGACGAGGAGGCAUAUUACUACGGUCAGUUCCCCUUCAGUGACCGUGGAGAUGGUGUCCUAAGGGAUGGCGACGUGCUUUAUCAUUCGUCGGUUUCACUACUGUGAGUAGACAUGGGUGAAUAAAUAGCCAUCUACUCUUUUGCAAACUGGCUGUAUUAUCUGUACUUCUAAUUAUUUACGGUGCCGUGAUCUCUUGCUUUUGGCUUUCAGACUUGGCUGAAUAGACAAGGGUUAUUCGCUGUGCAGCAGCAGAAUGAUGUGCAUCUUUUCAUGAAGGAAAGAUGGCCAGAAAAAUGUACACCUCGAUUUAACAUGGGUUAUUCGCCUGUUGACUGCUGUAAAUGUUUUAUUGCCGAAAGCUUUUGAUUUCUUUUAACUUUGGUCAAAAUGUACUCCAUGCAACAGCCAUUAAGCGUUCUCAUAUGUAGUUCACCACGUACACAAACAAGCUCAAUCCCUUUAACAUUAUGUACGAAGAAAAACUUGUUUGAAAAGGAUUUCAUCUCCUUUUCAUCGAAGUAGCAAAUUUAAUUUGACUCAUAACACACAAAGAUAUAGAGGUCACCCUUCUAAUGGAGCUAAUUUUUUCAUUAGGACAAUCUUUCUUAAAGUGAUUAGGUUUCCGAUAGAAGAGGCAUUUUCUAUUCUUCAUGACCGUUUUAAAGCCUUUACUUCUUCUUUGACCCUAUUCACUUUUCCACAUCUUUACUGAAUGGUCAUAAUAGCAUUCUUCAUUUUUUCUUCCUUGAGCACAUUUUUUUCAUUUUGCCUGAUGCUGGAUGAAUCAAGUUGGAAUAUAAGUAAAAAGUCUAUGAUUAAGUAAUUAAUAUAAUUCUAUGAUUCAUCACGAAAAUCAAUCUGAAAGAUAAGUAAAAAGUCAAAUGUGUACGAUAUGCUAAAUGAAUGAUUUUUUAACAUGUUGUUACCAAGAAGCAACCACUAGAUUAGAAUCCUGGGAGAGUUCUGAUGUUUCAAAAAUGUAAGGAAGAUUUUGAAGGGAAUGGUAUUCGUGAGAGAAGACAGAGUAGAAAUACAUCUUCACAAAGACAAGUUCAAGGUAAAUCAUAGGUCAAUUAAAUUAAAGCAAUAAAAGUCGAUCAUAGGGAUGUAAUAUAAUAUCUGGUAAUUAUUCAGAAUUUUUCUCAAUGAAUACGAUUUUCUAUGAAUUUUAUACUAGGAAAUGAAAAGGAAAUAUAUUUAAAAUUCACGAAAAAAGGAAAUAAGGGUGCGGGGCGUCAGGAUGACGUCAGCACCCGACGAAAGCGAAUCGGGCGAAAACAAAGUUCUGCCCGGCGAUUCUUACGUAAGCGAUUACAGACGAUUUAAUUGAUCAAAUUAAGAUUUGUAAAAGACAAAAGAAUCGUAAUGAAAUGAUAUAUGUUGGUAAAUUUAAAUCACAAAAACUAUCACUAAAUGAAGCGUAAAGUAAGUUGAAAGCAGGAAAAUAGAGUUCCGGCGUCGCGACGGCGAUGCGUCGGCGAUGCACCGGAAUCCUGAGCGUUCGAGAGGAUCGUCGUGCAAUGUCCACGGCCCCAAAGGCUCUCCUUGGACAAAGACGACAUGGACAAUCUCUAGAUCUUCUCGCGAAGUCUAGAGAUUAAUGAAAUGGGUCGUCGAGUCGUUUCCGGCGGCUGUCACCCGGCGAAGUGGAAAAACGGCGACUUUGCGGCUCUACGGCAGCUGUCACCCGACGGAGAGGAGCUAGAUGGAGGUGGGGCGCAUGUCAGGGAGCUUCAUCCUCAGGUCUGCGUAGCAAGAGGAGGCUCUUCAUCGCAUUUGGUACGCUCUCAGGAGGUGGCGACUCGUCUCCCGGCAGAUCGUCCUCUUCCCGACGACGGCUUGUUCGUCGAUCAAUCGGAGAUGA